AUGAUGACAAGGAUCAACUCUACUUUCGAAAAGACUCGUAAAGUCUCUGGCCCACGAUCACUGCAACCCUCUCAGUGGGGAAUGUUGUGUCCAAGUGAUACACCGGAAGGAGAAGCUUGCGGUUUAGUGAAAAAUUUAGCGCUCAUCUCUCACAUAACAACAGAUUCAGACGAGAGGCCUGUGCUUCGGCUGCUUUUCAACUCCGGAGUGGAAGAUCUUCAGAAUAUGCACUUUUCUCAUAUCAAUAAUCCCAACUACCAUCAAGUAUUUCUCAACGGUUUGCUAGUCGGCACCACUGUUGAUCCCGCUCGUGUCGUGCGUGCGGUGAGAACGGUGAGGAGGUAA